AUGACCUAUCCCGAACCUCAUAUUAAACAUAAUGGCCUUAAUAAUUCAUAUCAAAUGAGUUUGGAAUUGCAACCAACUAUUAACAAGAUUGAUAUAUGUCCAUCUGUGCUUAUCAUUUAA